UGCUGUUGUUGCGAGCGUUGCCAUGGCGGAGCUGCCAUGGCCCCGCACCCCCAGGAGCGCCCGGUACCUGCGCCCGGUGUCGCUGACCUCUCGUGCCGUCUCGGCACCGGGGGGAGCACGGGAGCGGCCAGCGCGGGAGCGGCGGGAGCGGCGCAUGCCCAACGUGGCCCUGCCGGCUCCCAAGACGGAGCGUUGGCGGGAGUCGGGGACGCUGCGCUGGCCGCCCAUCGCGGAGGGCGAGCCAGCGGUGGAGCGGGUGGAGGUAACCCCUUUGAGGCAGGCGAGCAAAGAGCCACAGACCUGGCAGGGAGAGCUUUGGACGCGUUCCCUGCGUAAGCCCGGCCUUUUUCUGCAGGACCCCAUCUUCGCCGAGAGCAGCAUCGGGGCCAAAGAACUGCACGAAGAAUGGGGGAAUGUCACGCCAAUGUCUCGCAGAGAGUGGCCCUACAGCGGUUUCACCACCAGCGGCAGCUGUGCGCUGCCGUCGCCGCGCGAGGCGACGAAGUGGGUGGAAAAACCCGUGGCCUCUGGCCGUUACGCCUUGCAACACAUGGGUGGCACCAGGUAUCAGUGGGAUACGAAACCGCGCAAUUGUUUGCUUGGACUGUGAUCGGUCACAUGAAGGAGUCAAGUCAUGGUGAACUUCCGCCAUGGUGCACCCGUUGCGAUUCGGCACCUCCCUGGCAAAGUGACUGCCGCAGUGAUCUUGG